AUGGCUUCUCAACAACAACAACAACAAGAGACCAAAACGAUUCCCCUCAAAGUCUUAAUUGACAAACACAGCAACAAAGUUGUUUUUGUCAAAGCAACCAAGGACUUUGUUGACACUCUUUUCAGCUUCCUAUCUCUUCCACUUGCCACUAUCGUUCGCCUUUUAGCCGCCACUGAAAAUAACAAUGAGCAGCAACUAAAACAACAAUCAGAAUCAUCACCAUUUCUUGGAAACAUCAAAAACCUCUACCAAACUGUUGAAAACCUCAACUCAAACGAUGUUUGGAACAACCAUGUUUGCAAACAUAUGUUGCUGAAUCCCAAGAAUCCAUGUGAAUCACUAUGCAUGGAUUUGUUCUUGAAUAUUGAUGAUACUGAACCAUCAACUAAGUUUUAUGGCUGUGAAUCAGGGAUUUCAAUAUCGACUCAACUAGAGGAAGUCACACACAACAUUGGCAAACAUGAGAUAUUGAACCUCCUCAAGUAUUCCUUAACCUCUCAUGAGCCUCUCACAAAUACACUUUUGGCAAGUAGCUCAAAAAUCAAAGAAAACCCACCUAACAAAUCUGCAUCAGCAGUCAAAGUGAUGCCCUGCACUAGUGAUAGAAGUAAAAUGGAUAUUAAGAUAUUGCAAAGUAAAUCUCAGAAAAAGAUAAUCACUGCAGAAGCCGAUGGAGAUUUUGUUGACUUCAUUUUUAACUUCCUUACCAUGCCAUUAGGGUCUAUUGUAAAGCUUUUGGGAUGUAACACUUUUGCUGGAUGUGUUGGUAAUUUGUACAAGAGUUUGGAAAACUUGGACCCAACAUCUGUGUUACUCAAUCCUGGUAUAGCACCACAGUUUGGUUGUCCAAACCAGCCCCUCAAUAUUCCUCAUCUACAACCACCAUCAAUUGCAUAUUAUUAUAAUUGUUUCCAUAACGGUCGUGAUUAUCCGGGAGGGUUGAUUUCUAAGUCGGGAUAUUUUGGUUAUCCAUCAGCACAUUUACUCGACCCAAAAGAAGGUGCUGUGGGAUUUGUGAAGAGAGCAACAUUAUAUGGUGUAGGAGAUGAUUUAAAAGUAAAACCACUUGCUGCUAACUCUUUCCUUCCAUAUUUAAAUGAAUUAAGCGUUCCUCUUGAUGAUCUUGAAGUGAAGGUGAUAAGCUUUGGUGAAACUGAGGCUUUGAGGUUCCUUGGUGCAUUCUUGACAUCAAAAUUUACCUUGACUAGUGGACUGCAAGACAUUAUCGGUGUACCUAGACAAGAAUCAACUCUUUUGAAAGUGCCUAAACAAGAAACAACUAUUUUGGAAGUACCUAAACAAGAAUCUUAAUGUGAAGAUAUUUCAAAGGAGCCUGAAUUGUCAAUCAGUUCCAAUUUCAGCUUUGUAUUUUCAAAAAUAAGUAAAAAAUUAUGCUUUUUAAUUACUUGGAGAUGCGGGGUAUCGAUCCCCGUACCUCUCGCAUGCUAAGCGAGCGCUCUACCAUCUGAGCUACAUCCCCAUGUUUUUGGUUUUCUUUUCUAUUUCGAUUACUUAAUUGGAUUGUGGUCCUUUCUAUUUCUACUACUUAAUUGGAUUGUAGUUU